AGUGACAGUGACACUGACAACAGAGAUGUCAGGGAUGCCAUGCCAAUUGAAGACUGAGGUGCUCCUCGGAGGUUGAGUGUUAAGUUAAGCUUGUAUUCUUGCGGAUUUUAUUAGAUUGAUUUAUCUCACAAUGGCUCAACGGGAAAAGCGUGCCAAUGCUGGUAAUCGAAUGGCAAAAUUACUCGAUGAAGAAGAGGAAGACGAUUUCUAUAAAACAACUUAUGGAGGUUUUCAAGAAACCGAAGAAGAUAAAGAUUAUGUUGAAGAAAAGGAAGCUGACGACGUUGUUGAUUCCGAUUUUGAUAUAGAUGAAAAUGAUGACCCAGUUUCAGAUCAAGAAGUUGAGGAAAAACGGAAACGAGCUGUUGGGACCAAGGCAUAUAAGGACCCCAAGAAAAAGAAGGCAGCUGCACCCAGAAAAGAUGUUGUAAAAAGAGUGAAAGAAGAUAAACCAGAGAAAUCUAAAUCCGAACAGAAAGAAGGAGACUUGGAACAAUCAUUAAAUGAUUCGAUAGGACGGAAAUCUAUAAGAAAAAGUACAGCAGUAAAAUCACUAGAAACACAGCAAAGGAUAAAAAUCAGGUCUGAAUUGAAAAAAAAGAAACCAAAGAAAGUGGAAGAAAAAAUGCCAUCACAGGAAAAAUUAUUAGAAGAAGCACUCAUAACUGAACAGGAAAACUUGAAGAGCUUAGAACGAUUUGAGCAGAUUGAACUUGAAAGGAAAAAAGUAAGACCAACUAAAAAGGCUAUUAUCGGUCCAGUAAUCAGAUAUCACUCAUUUGCAGUGCCAUUAGAAUCGGAAGAGCCUGACAACUUAGUAACGGACAUCACUUUGAGUGAUAUCAUUAAAAGCGAGGAAGGUUUAUUAACACCCUGCGACAUAGACAUGGAAGAGGUAUCGGUGGUGGACGAGCCCAAACCAGAGGAGCCAAAACCCGAGGUCGAUCCAGAUACAGACAGCAUGCCCAGCCUGAACCCCACCAAGAUUGAGAUAGACGUUAUUGGACCCGAUGACGAGUUUAAAAUCGACGAUGUUGUCACAGAAGUGAAGCCGAAGAAAGCUAAGACUUAUGUUAAACCAAAACCGGCCUAUGAGAGGACACUACUCAUGUUCGAAAAUUAUUUAAAAGACAAGGCGUUCAACAAGUGCUAUCGACUGAACAAGCCCAAGAGAAGACAAGACAUGCUAUGUGCUGUCACAAAGAAACCAGCGCGCUACAUAGAUCCCAUCACAAAGCUACCAUACCGAAGCGUAGACGCCUUCCGGAUAAUACGCGAAGCCUAUUACCAGCAAUUAGAGGCUAGAGGCGACCGCAACGACCCGAAGUUGCAGGCCUGGCUGAAGUGGCGGCGAGCCGACUCUGCCUCUACUUAUGUGCAGAUACAUAUCAAGUAAAGUUUUGUUUAAUUUUGUCAGUACCGUUACAAUUAGUAUAUGAUAAAUCAAAGAUCUAAAAAGUUCUAUUUUUUUGCCUUAGAAUGACAAAUAGUCAAGUUUAACCUUGACAUAUCUAUCUAAGGACGGGCCUUACGGGCAAUGAGCAUGGGGCCUACAGCGGUGUCACGCACACGAAUUCGAGCCAAUCGUACAGUCUAACGCCACAAGGCGAUUGGUUGAUGAGUUCGUAUCACGCGCGUGAUUGGUCGCAAAUAGUUGCGUUAGACUGCACGAUUGGCUCGAAUUCGUGAGUGACACCACUGAACUAGCGCCAUUCUUAGUGCCCGUAAGGCCUGUCCUUAGAUAUAUAUGUCAAUGCUCUCUACAGUAUUUUUAAGAUUAAAUUCAUACUUUAAUUCAUCUUUUUUUUUGUAUACUGGUAUAAAUAAAUACAAUAUUACUGAGAUCUCAAUAACAGUGUAAAUACUAAUGGAAUAAAAUACGUUUUAGUAUUGCA